AUGGCGGAUCUUGACGAAGCCAAGGAUUGCUUUUUCACUGCCUUCUAUCGCCACGUCUCAGUUGUGAGCGUCCAUACUGCUGCUGGCCGUUAUCUUAUAUGUAUCCAAGACAUUUUUCAAGGUAGGACGUAUCUCUCCUCUGCUAUUGUCGGAUUGUCGUCCAGUGCAGCAGCCAUCGCUUCUCAUUACAACAGAGGCCGUGUUGCUGCUAUUGAACUCCUUGAGACUGGUCGUAGUGUUAUCGCAGGGGCUUUCUUAGAGCAGUGUAGUUUUGCCGCUCUUGGACGCGCGCAUACCGCCCUCGCCCGUUCAUUCAUCGACCUACGAGAUGAACUACACGCGCCGUCCCCAGCAAGCUACUUCCGUAUAGCCGAGCGCCCCAGAGCCGCUUUAGAGGCAGAAAGAAACUGGCGCCGCGAUGCUGGGCCUCAUCUUGCCUCUCUCCUGAAGACAGUCCGGUCUAAGGCCGGUUUCGGGCGAUUUCUGCUCUCCGCAUUGGAAGUUGAUAUGUUGGAGGCCGCAUGA